ACUUGGUCAGUUCCUCAAACUAUGGUUUCAACUUCAGUCAAUUGACUACACUUACUAAACCUUCGAACAGAACCAAACGUCAAAAGCAGCAGCAGUUUUAUUCAAAGAAAAAAAAUGCCUUACCAAAACCGUCACAUGACAAGUAAACAUAGGGACGAGUAUGAUUGAAAUGCAAAACUUAGCAAAUUCUUCCGCUAGUUCCGAUUUCACCGCCGCGUCGCUCAGUCCAGCUCAUGAUUAAUUAAUAACAGAUGGGGCCAUUUGAAGUGCAAGCUACUCUUUUGAGGAUAUCAUUCUCGCGUCCAGCUAGUGUUCUGAUGUUGUUACUUCUCGAUGGUAUGAUAUGGCUGCAGCGUCCAGAUAUUGUUGAUUUCCACAACCGUAUCCAAGACAUUCCUCCGGAGUUCAUCUACGAUGUGUACGACUUUGUCAUUGUCGGAGGAGGAAGCGCUGGUGCUACAUUAGCUGCAAGGCUGUCGGAAGUUUGCGAUUGGGACGUACUGCUGUUAGAGGCUGGUCCAGAUGAAACAUACAUAUCCGAUAUUCCAUAUGUGUAUCCAGUGUUGCAAAAGUCAAAAUUAGACUGGAGCUUCAAAACGAUGCCAAACGAGAGCUUUUGUCAAGCGAUGCAAAAUGAUCAGUGUGCGUGGCCUCGAGGUAAAGUACUCGGUGGUUCGUCAGUACUAAACGCCAUGAUGUAUAUUCGUGGCAAUCCAGAAGAUUAUGAUGAGUGGGAAAGCUUUGGAAAUAUUGGUUGGAGCUGGAAGGAUGUAUUACCAUACUUCAUAAAAAUGGAGAAUGUGCGUGAUCCAAAAAUAGCCAACAAGCCAUGGCAUGGCACUACUGGGCCACUGACAGUUGAAUUGUUUAAAAAUCGUUCUGAAUUGUACCCAUUUUUUGUUGAAGCUGCAAAACAAAUGGGUGAAGUAUGGGCUGAUGAAAUGAAUGGUCCCUCGCAGCUUGUCUUCGGGCCUCUUCAUGGAUCAAUCAGAGAUGGACUACGGUGCAGUACCAACAAGGCAUAUCUUCGUCCAGUUGGAAUGCGCAAAAACUUGCAUAUAUCAUUAAACACUAUGGUUGAAAAAAUAUUGAUUGAUCCUGAAGAAAAACGAGCUUAUGGGGUUAUGUUUAAUAAAGAAAACCGACAACGAUAUGUGUUGGCAACGAAGGAAGUUAUUCUGUCAGCUGGUUCCUUGAAUAGUCCACAAUUGCUAAUGCUAUCAGGCGUAGGACCACGGAAGGAGUUGGAAGAACAUGACAUUGAAGUUAUUCAGGACUCACCUGGAGUAGGGCAAAACCUGCAAGAUCAUGUUGGAACUGGAGGACUUGUGUAUCUAAUUACUAAUCCCAACAAAACAGGGCCACUUUCCGAAAAUAUGCUUGAAUCAAUCAGAAAAACAUCAAUCGAAAACUUCUUAUUCAACAAUAGCGGAAUAUUAAUGAUGAUGCCUAUAUGUGAGGUAAUGGGCUUCAUUAAUACGAAAUACAAUCCACCCAAUAGCACACGUCCCGAUAUACAAUUAUUUAUGGCAGCAGAAACGGAUGUUUCAGAUGGUGGAACGUGGGCAGCUUAUGGUUCGUCUUUUACUUAUGAAUAUUAUGCUGAAAACUUCGGGAACUGGAUAUACCACGACGCAUUUCUUUGUUUGCCACUGUUAUUGAGACCAUUAAGUAGAGGAUACCUCAAACUGACUAGUAAAAAUCCAUACAUCAAAAUAUCUAUAUAUCCCAAUUACUUUGCUGUGCAACGAGAUAUUGAUACAUUGAUUGAAGGCUUGAAGUACUGUUUGAAAAUUUCAGAAUCUCCUGUACUGGCAACAUUAAGUCCAACUUUCAUUUAUGAUGCGGAUAAAGAAACUACCUGCUAUAAUAAGAACGAUGAGAAGUUCUUCGAUUGUCUAGUGCGACACUAUUCGCAAACAAUCUAUCACCCAGUAGGAACGACGAAGAUGGGUCCCAAAACUGACCCGCUAGCAGUAGUUGAUGCACGGCUCAAUGUUCAUGGAAUCUCUGGUUUACGUGUGAUUGAUGCUGGCGUUAUGCCUACGAUCACUUCCGGGAACACCAAUGCACCAACCAUUAUGAUAGCGGAGAAAGCUUCUGAUAUGAUUAAAGCUGAUUACAUGCGGGAAUUGUUGAAGAAACCGGACUUAAAACCAUGUUAUACGUACAACUACCUGUAUCACUAAUAAUGUUACUGGUAUUAUAAUGACACAUUUAUUUAAUAACGUAUGUUGAGAGGUAAAAUAGCUACCAAAAUAGCUAUGAACAAUAAUUGAAAUGAGUUCUGAUGAUACAAAUAGCAGGAUAAAUAUAUUUUAAUUUGUGAACAUUUAUUCAGCCGUUUUCUUAGUAAAAUUUGCCAGGGUACUAAACACCGUACAAAUUUUAUUAAAUUUAACGUUUUUUUCUGGCCUCAUUUACUUCUUUCGAAUAUGUUUUCGCCAUCAACAUACAACUAGUUAAAACAUAUUCAAUCAAGUCAGGCCUAUUAUAAUUUUUGACGUGAUCAUGAAUUCCAUUCUCUGUUCCCUGGCAACAAAUUCAAAAACCUAAACUGUACCCGGAGUUGUUAAUAGUUUUCCGCCAUCCGAUGCCACGUACAAUAAUUCGUAAUUGAAAUGUAGCUGAAAUAUAAUAAAUCGACUUUCAUCUAAACGACAGUUCAUUUAUCAAUAAUGGCUACAUAAUCGAGAGUAUUCCGUCACGCUUUGAUCGGGAGGAAGCCGACAGAAUUGAACCCACUUUUUUC